GCCGGGCGCAGCUUGAUGAUGUCAGAUUCAUCAUUGCUCUGAGUUUUCUACUUGACAAAAUCCAACAAAUCUCGAGAUCAACGGUGGCAGAAUGGGAGGAGGAGAUCUGGUACAGUAUAUAAUCUGAAGAUACAAUGUAUACAUUUUAGAAAUCAAUACUUAUUCUAAAUGGAACAUUGAGAGUCCACAUUCCAGUUUAGAUAUAGGAUAAAAUGGCUUAAUCUUUCUGUUUUAUUGCUUGGGGACAACUUAAAAUCUGUCAGCGACAUGCUUGACCAGUGUGGGGUCUUUAAUGAUGAUGAUUUGCUGGGAGCAGAUUGCCAAGGGCAGCAAAGGGAUGACAAGCUAUUCUUUGAAUUAAACACUGGCUGUGUUAUAGGAAUAUUGUGGGCCCAUAAUAAAAUAAAAAAUAGAUCUGGGGUAAUUAACCUUUGCAGAGCAGUGGUCAGUUAAAUAUUUUCCCUAGUUAGCUUUGAGGGGUUUACUUACUUUAUACUAAUCUCUGGCAACAUCCUGAGUGAGUGGAGCAAUACAAAUGGAAAUAGGUAUUUCACUGUCCAAACCGGUAAUAAUGACAGUAUGUUAUUGUAAUACUUGUUAAAGAGUAUAGUCAUUUUUGGCACUUUUUUUUUUAUUGCUUGAGUAUUUAUACUUAUAGGAACACUAUAGUCGCCUAAAUUACUUUAGCUAAAUUAAAGCAGUUUUAGUGUAUAGAUCAUUCCCCUGCAAUUUCACUGCUCAAUUCACUGUCAUUUAGGAGUUAAAUCACUUUGUUUCUGUUUAUGCAGCCCUAGCCACACCUCUCCUGGCUAUGAUUGACAGAGCCUGCAUGAAACAAAAACUGGUUUCACUUUCAAACAGAUGUAAUUUACCUUAAAUAAUUGUAUCUCAAUCUCUAAAUUGAACUUUAAUCACAUACAGGAGGCUCUUGCAGGGUCUAGCAAGCUAUUAACAUAGCAGGGGAUAAGAAAAUAUUAAUUAAACAGAACUUGCAAUAAAGAAAGCCUAAAUAGGGCUCUCUUUACAGGAAGUGUUUAUGGAAGGCUGUGCAAGUCACAUGCAGGGAGGUGUGACUAUGGUUCAUAAACAAAGGGAUUUAACUCCUAAAUGGCAGAGUAUUGACAAGUGAGGCUGCAGGGGCAUGUUCUAUACACCAAAACUGCUUCAUUAAGCUAAAGUUGUUCAGGUGACUAUAGUGUCCCUUUAUACUUUCACCACCCAGCAAGAAAAUUAUUUUCCAUUUACAGGAAUCAACACCUACAAAAUAUGUAAGCCCCUCUAGAUUGCAAGCUUGCUUGAGCAAAGUCCUCGUCAACCUAUUGUUCCUGUAACAUUUUAUAAUAAUGUAAAGCGCUGCAGAAUAAAUGGGCACUAUAUAAAUGCCAGUGAUGAUGAUGAUAAUAAUAAUACGCUGUACAGAUAACAGUACAAUUUAAAGUAUCCUUUGCACAUCGUUGCAUGGUUUGUUGUCUUUAACAAUUUUCAAAUCCUUCUUGUGUGUUGUUAUCCCUAAUUCGCUUCCAUUAAGGGUAUAAGUUGCUUGUGCAUUUUUCUACAUUAAAUUUAAUCUGCCAUUUGAGUUCUCAGACCCCCAGUUUAUCUAAAUCCCUCUGCAGCAAAGUAAUAUCUUGCUCAAAUUGUAUUACUUUACAGAGUUUUGUGUCAUCUGGAAACACUGAAACAUGACUUUCAAUGCUUUUUUCAAAAUCAUUUAUAAACAUGUUAAAUAGAAGGGGUCCCAGAACAGAACCCUGAAGGACACCACUUAUCACCUCUGUCCAGGUAGAAAAUUUUCCAUUAAUGACAACUCUCUUUGCACUAUUUGUAAGCCAAUGUUCUACCCAAGAUCAAGAAUUUUCAUCUAGACCAAUUUCCUUGAGUUUGUACACAAUCAAUUAUGUGGAACUGUAUCAAACGCCUUGGCAAAAUCCAAAUAGAUCACAUCUACUGCAACACCCUGAUCUAUACUUCUACUAACCUCUUCAUAGAACGCAGUCAUGUUAGUUUGACAUGACCUGUGCUUCAUAAAACCGUGCUGAUUUUUGCUAUUAACCACGUUCUUCAAGCAUUAGUUCUCUGGUUUGAUUGGCAAUAUACAGAGUACUUUUCAGAGAUUACAUAGUUGUUGACAAUUUAGUAUUUUAGGUAGUUUAUUCCACAUUUCCAGUUGUCUGUUUUGAGAAGGCUGCUUGACCUUAUUCGUGUUCUAACAGGGAAUGAAGAAUAAGAAUCUAUAAAGUUGGACUUCCAGUGAAUUUAUUUAUGGAUAUAUUGCACUAAUCGUGAGGUUUAUAUGUUGUAUACUUUUAAUUAUUUAGUUUAUAUGAUUAUAUACAUUUUAUUAUAUCGUUUUACAUUUUAAUUUUAAUUUAAUUUCUUAUUUUGUUUACCUGACCAUACUUUUAGAACUUGAAAAAGAGCUGGCAUCCACAGACUCUGCGCAAUGUUGAGAAAGUGUGGAAAGCAGAGCAGAGACAUGAAGCAGAGAAAAAGAAAAUCGAGGAACUGCAGAAGGAGCUGCGAGAUGAGAGGGCUCGAGAGGAGAUGCAAAGAUAUGCUGAAGACACAGGAGCCGUGAAGUGAGUAAUUAAAGAGACACUACUUUCCCAAAAAUUCAAGAAGAAAAUGCAUCUGAUGAAGAAACAUACAAAAGCAUAAAAUGACUGUUUAAGGAAGAAUAUUGACAACUCUAGGGUGUUCUUUAUUUUAUUCCAUAAUAAACUAGCUCUUAUAUCUUUCUAUGUCAUAAUUGUUUCUGUAUUGCUAUUUGCACGUGCUACAUAUAUACAGCAUUAUGUCCUAAUGAUUAGAAAAAAAGACGGUUGCUUACUUAGUAUGCAACCCUCGCACCACAAGGACAGUCCAGGGCUUAACUCUGUCCUAGUGUGCAAAAUAUGGAUGCUGUUACUGAUAUAUUAGUGUCAAAACCUUGCUUGACUUAUUCGUCUUUUAUCUUUACAGAAAGAAAGAUGAAAAGCUCGAUUGGAUGUAUCAGGGUCCAGGCGGCAUGGUGAAUCGUGAAGAAUACCUCCUAGGUCGUCCUGUGGAUAAAUUCAUCCUUGAUAAAAUGCAAGAACCAGAAUCUGGCCCUUCUACUGAGACUGGACUUCUACCAGGGUCCAUAUUUAAUACAUCAUCUGCUAGUUCAUCUCUGGACAUUGCAAACAAGAUACGUGAGGACCCACUUUUUAUGAUCAGGUGAUAGCAUCAUUGUCAGCCUGCUUUCCUCCAUCUGUUAUGUUAAAUUGUGUUAUCUUUUCCUUUUCCAAAUCUGUUCUCAGGAUCUGCAUCCUGUUUUGUCUUGAAUAUUAUUAAUUGACUAUUUGACCUUGUUGUCAUUUAUUUGUUGUGUUUUUUUUUUUAUCUAGGAAGAAAGAAGAUGAGCAAAAACGAGAGGUUCUGAAAAAUCCAGUCAAGAUGAAGAAGAUUAGAGAGUUGGUAAGCUGACCAUUAUAUUUUACCCGAUGUAAAAAAAAAAAAAAGAAUGUCUGUUUCCCUCGGGGUUUUAUUUCAAAUAUAAAAAUUAUGAUCUUAAUGGGUUUUUUUGGUGUCAGCUUUGCUAGUUUAGCUACUUUCAAUUAAAAAUUCACCUUGAAUUCAUGAUAAUUCACACUAUGAUGGAUAACCCAAACUUUGUUUUGUGUAUCAUCACAGUGCUGAAAUGGGAGAGCAAUAACUGUAGCAGUGUAUCACAGGCACACUGUAGGCACUAUAACCAUUUCAUCUAAUUGAAUUGGUUAUAUUGUCAUGAGUCCUGUAGCAAUGUCCCUCCAUUUAUUGUUAAAUAAUUUUUGAGCAGUUUAACUCUGAAUUAAGUUCACUGGCCACCUACAGCCCAGUGUUUUCUCCUGCUCUGUAAACUGAACUUUAAUUACAUACCGGAGGCUACUGCAGGGUCUAGCAAGCUAUUAACAGAGCAUGAUAUAAGAAAUUCCAAAUGAAAAAUAAUUUGCAAUAAAGGAAGUGUAAACAUUAGAUGACUCUUUACGGAAAGUGUUUAGGAAGACUGUGCAAGUCACAUAUAGGGAGAUGUGCCUAAAGUUACACAAACAACAUGGUUUAACUCCUAAAUGGCAGAGCGUUGAGCAGUGAGCAACAAAACUGCUUAAUUAACCUAAAGUUGUUUUGGUGACUGUAGAGUCCCUUUAACCCCUUAAGGACCAAACUUCUGGAAUAAAAGGGAAUCAUGACGUGUCACACAUGUCAUGUGUCCUUAAGGGGUUAAAAAAUGGUUAAUUUCAGGUACUCCAGAAACUAUAACCAUGUUCUACAGUUUCUCUCAUUACACUAGUAACUAUGUCACUCUAAAACGUAGCUAAUCUUAUCUAAAUAUUUGAGCACUUUCUAUGGAGGUAACCUAACAAAUUGGACUUAAUAUAUUGUAGUGUGAUUUGAAUGUCAUAUGCCCUUGUUUGCAGUAGUAGACCGUCACUGACCUAUGUGUUGUUCAUAUGUUCAGCUGCAGACCAGCCUGGAGAAGAAAAGCAAGAAGAAAAAGAAGGAAAAAAAGAAGAGGAGAAAGGAGAGAAGAACUAGCUCCAGUAGUGAAGAGAAGAGUAGCAGUGAAGAAGAAGACCGGAGAAGGAACAGGUAGGGAGUUGAAUAUUUGAGUUGGUGGAGAACAUAAGGGAAAUUAGUUCCCCGCUACAGUGGUUGAUAUGACGAGAUGUCUGAUGUUGGACCAGAGCAUGUGAUGUAAUGAAUUGUACUUUCUGCAGCAAAAAUACUAUUGUGAGAUGGAUAAGAGAUUGGUUGUAGAAAAGCUGGUGGGAGUUUAGUGCUGUGUGCAGUAGCUUAAAGGACAGUCUAAGCACCAAAAUUAUUUAAUCUUAAUGCCACUGUUGUGAGAAGUGCCUCUUUACAUUGUGCAGUAUCCAUGUAUACUAAGGGCUUCUGACCAAAACAGAUUUAAUUACUUAAUCUGCUUGGCGCCUGGCAUCAACAUUCAAGGUUUACUGGCACCAGACAGUGUGAGUGUCCUAUGCUUUUCUGUCAGAAGCACUGGAUUUGCGGAUUUUGGCCAUUUCUAUGCAUGCAUCGUAUGUUGUCAGUGGUUCCAUGAAAAGCAUCUGAUUUGGCAAUUGUAAUCAGUCUUACUGACUUCUGAAAGACGUUUGGACUACAGUGAGGAGACUGCCCCGUUACUUUAAUAGAGGUAAGUUUCUAAAGACAUUUUUUAGUGACUUAAAACAAGUUGGGGGGAGGCAGGAAUGGACUGCAAAAUUCUGACAGAAUAGUUGUAGGAUGGGCUAAUACACAUUUUUAAAUAUUAUUGAGUAAUUUUAGGCAGGAUGGAUAGAAAAUGGUGGAAUUACAGAAGUAAAAAGAUGUAGUAUACGGUAAAUAAAACAGGGAUGGGGGUGUUGAAGGUCAUUUAUAUAAGGAAUAUUAAAAAGAAAAAAAUGCACCAGAUGUUUUGGAACAUGUAAUCUCUCCACUCUUUUGGUUAAUAGAAGUGGUUCUAUACUGAAUUAUUUUACUCAAGGCAAAAGAGCAAUUCCUUUUUUUACUGCCUUCAUCUUAGGUCUCACAAGAACUGCCCAGAGUCUCACCCAGCUCGCAACAGAAUGCCUGGCUAUGGACUGCAGGUAUGUAUUUUUACUUGACAAGUUCUGAAAUCCUUACAGUCAUGGGAAAUAGAAUAUUUAAAAAGGGUUAAAUAAAGAGCAUAAAUGUUUGAAUCAUUGCAAUGGAAGUUGAGAUAAGUAUAAGGCUAUUCAAGACUUGUAGUUGCAUUAAAGGGGAACUGACAUUUUUUAAAAAAGAUUUUUAUAUAUAUUUACUUAUCCCCAUAUAUUUUACAGAUAAGUAUUUGUGAGGCUUGAACAUUAAAAUCCACUGAAGAUCGCUGCCAAUGAACUAAGCUCUUCAUUGCCUUGUUUGACUACUUAGGAUGUGGACCACCCUGGCACACUAACCACUGCAGCAUGCUGUAGUGUUUAUGGUGCUUGAAGUGUUCCUUUAAGAACCAGAAUAAUCCAAGGGGUGAACAGGAACAAAUUAUUUAUGAUGCUACGAUGUUUUAAUUAAAAAAAUACUUUCUUACAGAUCCGAGAAUCAAGUAAAAGUGGCAGUCGUAGAAAUGAAACAGAGCAAGACAGACACCGCGGCCACUCAAGAAGCCCCCACCGAUCAAACACUGAGUGAGUAUCUAAUAUACAAAACCCCACUGUCUCCUUUAAUGCGUCAAAUCUCUACCUUCAAUAUCAGUAUAAAUAGAUAGGAAAAUAAUUAUGCUGAAGGCAAUCUGUGCAGUUCAUUCUUGUAGUCAUGGUCUUUUUUUAUAUUUUUGUGAACCAUUAAGCUAUCAAACAGAGCUAAAACAAUAACUAUGUUACUAUGUAUUCAAAAGGACCAGGCCUAAGAUGGAUGGGAGACACAGUAAACCACAUAGAAGCCCUUCCCCUCGCAAAGAGGAGAAUUAUAGGAGACAACGGACGUCUGGCUAUACCAGGUAUGCACAAUAAGCACUCUAAAAUAAAUUGGGGGAUUUUUUUGAAUGAUGGCAAGGUUUUAUGCCCGUUUAGUAGGUACUAGCAAAAAAACUUAGCUACUUGGUAAUCACUCUAUCUAAAGGAUGAUUAGGGGAUUCAUCUUUCUAUGUUCUUUAUAUAUAACGCUAGUUAAUCAUCUGACUUAAACAUUUUCUUAAACGGUGAAUAUCAUAGAGAAUAAACAAAAAAAGAAAAAAAUGCUAUUCUACCUGUGUAUGAUUUACUGAGACGAUUGUAGGUUAAAAAGUAACUUUUAAUAAAUAAAUCUAAAAUAAAAAUAUAAAAAAGAAAAAAAAUAUAUAUAAUAUGAACAGCAGGAGUAAAUGGAGACUAUACAGCGAGUAAAACUCUGUGACUACUUAUACAAGCUGUAAAAGUGUAUACAUAAUAACACUAAUGCUGAAGCAAUACUGUUUAGCUACAAUAUAACAGUGUAUUCCCAAGUAAUAGAAGUGAUACUAUAUUAUAUAUCACUAAUAGCUGUAACAAGAGGGGGGAGAUAAGACAACUGCUAAACCAGUGCUGUCAAUAGUUAAAAGAUAUGGAUAAGUAAAUCCCUACAUGAUAGUACAACUAACGACAUGGGUUAACUCCACAUACAAUAAUUGAUGAUGAUCUAUGGUGCUUAACCUCAGAAAGAUCAAAGAUAAUGGUUCAGCUAAGACAGAUUUCUGACAGAUGGCGAUUAGCCAGUUAAAUAUCACAAAAGCUGCCUAGAUCAUAGCAGCACUUUGAUAAUAAAUUAAAGGUUGCUGUCAAGCAGUAAAGUAUAAAAUAAGGGGUUGCUGACCUGGCUCCGUUUUUUCUGCAAGAUACCUAGCAGUAUAUUCUAGUGUAACAACAGCUGCCUGCACUGAAUGAUGUUAACUAUUGCUUGACCACAGUGGAGCACCAAGUAGUAGCUCACCUGUGAAGGACUGCUGACAGGCAGCAGUUAACCGGUUAAAAAUCACACAAGUUGACUAAAUGCUGGCUGCAUCUAAAUAAUAGGUCAAAGUAUAAAGAAAAGGUUACAAACAGUUUUUGAACAGGUUGCCUAGGUAGUAGAAAAUAUACCGGUUAAAAGUCACGCAAGUUGCCUAAGUGCUAGCUGCAUCUAAAUUAAUAGGUCAAAGUAUAAAAAGAGGGUUUACAAACAGUUUUUGAACAGGUUGCCUAGGUAGUAGAAAAUAUACAGACAGUGAUAGAGGAAGGCAUAUAGAAUAAAGAUUCCUGAGUCUUGUGCCUUCGAGGGCACCCCUUAGUAAAAUGCCUGGUCUUAUCAAUCUCCCCCCAUAAACAUAAUAAAGGAAAAAGAAAGAGAAAUAAAGUAUGUGCAGAGUACACAAAAUUAGUGUUAAGAGUCUCCAAUAUGCAGUCCUGAGAUGCUGGACAUGAAUGAACUUGAUGUCGGUAAUUUAGCAAUAGAUAAGCAGAGAGUUAGGUGCCGACACCAAUAAUGUGUCAGUAAGUGUCCAGAGCCCCUGACGUGCACGUUUCGCCAGUGAAGCUCAUUUUUUUUUUUUCUUUUUUAUAUUUUUAUUUUAGAUUUAUUUAUUAAAAGUUACUUUUUAACCUACAAUCUUCUCAGUAAAUCAUACACAGGUAGAAUGGCAUUUUUUUCUUUCUUUUUUUGUUUAUUCUCUGAUAUUCACCAUUUAGGGGUUACCCCCCCUUUUUUUUUUAUUUAUUUUUUUUUUUUUUGCCCUCUACCUUGUGAUAUCUAAAUUUUGGCCCUAGGUUAAUCCUUUUUGUUUUCCUCGUAUAAUAAUUUUCUUAAACGGACACUACACAAAUAACAGUGAUUUUUAUUUAAUUCUUAAUUGUUAAGUAGAUAUACCCCAAAGAAUACAUUCAUGCGUUUAAUUAUACAUUUUAUUUUUAUUGGGGGUGUAUCUAAAAAUAGCAUGCAAAAAGCUGCUGAUAUAUUUUGUCUUCAGCCUUUGCAGGAGCUCUCCUAACCCAGCCCAGACUUUUUAUGACUUUCCAAUGCAGCUCAGUUAGAAAUCUCUAAAACAUAGUCUCUAGUGUGAACAUAAAAAAAUAAAAUUAGGAAGAGAAAUUCAAUUUUCCUCAUCAUAGUAAGUAGUGUAAUGCUGUAGAGGUUAUUAUGUCAAGGGUACCCUGGCCAGGUUCCACAGUAAUGGGGGAAACCAACUAGCAACAGUUUGCCCACUUGUCUGGAUGCUCACUUGACUCUGAAACGUUUCUGGCUUUUACAGAGCCGUACAAGCCAUGGCCAUGGCUAAAAGUGUCAGCUCACUGCUGUCUGUCAAUGACUGACAUUCUAUGCAAUGGAAGUUGCACAGAAUUGACAUUAGCCAUACCAGAUCUCUAGUUCCGUGCUGACUCCAAUAACUCUGCCAGAAGAUGGCAGCAGAGGGAUUAAACUCUGUAUGUGCAGCGUUUUAUAAAGAAAUGCUGCACGUAAAAACUUCAGGCACCAUGACCAUUUCAAAAUGCUAAAGUAGUAACACUUAAUGGUUAUAAUGGCGAACAUUUCUUGAUGAGGACUAUUUUUGUUUGUGUUUUAUGUAUGCCUGCUUAUUUUGUUGUUCCUAACACUGACACUUACAUUUAACUUUACAACGAUCUACCUGGAGUAACCCUUUAUUUUUUUUAUUUUUUUUAAAAUUCUUUUAUUUUUGGUGUGUCGUUGCAAUACAUUCUGGUGGGAAUAGCUGUAUAGCAUAGUACAUACAUGGCACAAUCGAGUAUAAGAAUACAUUGUGUAGUGCGGUUCGUACCUUAUUGUCUACAUUGUCACAAGCUGAAAUGUACUGUUAUUGAUGACACUUUUUGACAUUGUCGCAUUAUCACAUUAAACCAUUAACCAGUUAACUGCGCGGAGGAGCGGGGGCCCCGGCCCGACGCCUCGUUGAUUUUGUCGCUUUCAGCUUGUGGUGAAUGGCGUCGACACGAGGCCCCAGCCCCCCGACAGCAUGAGAGAAAAGAGAGUAAUGGAUGGGGGGGGAGGGGGGGUUUGGGGGAAAGGGGGCGGUCAGAGACCGGAGUUUCGCCCAGAUCACGCCCAGGGUCGACCAGGGGCGGCGCUGCCCUCUGCCCCGCUCUAGUUUCAUUCGUCUCUAUGCGUGGCCUUCCAGGGUUCCCAUACCCUUUCAUAUGCUUUCAUGGUACCUCUCACCAGUCUGGAGUAACCCUUUAAUUCAUGUAUGAAAUCUGAAAAAAAAACUGUAAUAUUUCGUGCCUGACCUUCGUCUUUAGCCACAUUGGAUUUUAAUCUGUUUGUGUUUGUAUUUUGGUUCCAAAUGUAUUCUAUUUUAUAUACUGAAGGCCUGUCCAUCAUUAAAGAAAUUCAUAUGUUUGAAAUCUUCUACCACAUGGGCAAAAUAAAAAGGGCAAAAAAACUCUGGUGUUCUCCAGCUGUGAUAAACAAGUAGGAACAAAGAACGAGUAAAAUCUCCUAUAGAGACGUUGUUUUUCUUCCAUAGGAAGCUCUCUGCAGAAGAACUAGAACGGCGGAGAUUAGAAAUGAUGGAGGAUGCCAAGAAGAGGGAAGUAGAGAGAGAGAGUAAUGUGCGCAGGUAUAAGCAAGAGGAACAAAAGGAGCAAGAAAAGGACCAGCAGAGGAAGGAGAGCAAAUUCUUACAGUAAGAUAAACUGGAGGAUUAUUAAUCAGACAGAAUUAGACUCUUACUAAAUUUGUGAUAAGUUCUUUAUUAUGUCUUGACAAUUUCAUAUCUUGUUUUGUUUUUUUUCUUUUGCAGCAACAUGAAGCUAGAGAGUGCAGCUACCUCCUCUCUGGAGGAUCGAGUCAAACGAAACAUUCAUGCAAUCCAACGUACAUCUGUAGCAUUGGAAAAGAACUUCAUGAAACGAUAACUGCAUAACAGUGUUCUCAGGAGCUCACACAUCUCUUUACAGUGACUUUCCUCCAAGAGAUGUAGCUCUCCAUAUCAUUACUCUUCUUAAUUUGUGACCUUGAGGCACCUUAUCCAAAUAGUUAAGAAACAGGGGUGUGGAACUGCACUCAAUCCUCAUGGUGAUGUGAAUCUGGGUGCAACCAGGCUGGUCCCAGUACCAAGAACCAAUUGCUUGAUAGAACAAAAAAUAGAAAGAGAUCGAGGCACUACAGGAUUAAAGACCGUAUAGGUUGAAACAUUGUAAUUUGGCCUUGGGUUAAAUAAAUUGCCUUCUUUGAAUUCUGGAGUGCCUGGACCUCUUUCUAUUUUUUUGUUUUACUCAAAUAGUGUCAGAAUGUAUGGACAUCUCCUUUUCCCAUUGCCCUGGUCAUUGCUUCAUUGAGCGUCUUAACCCUUUUCUUCUCCUUUACAAAAAGCCUCACAAGAUGCGGUGGCCUGUCCAAAAUGUCUUUCCAGUGGUUUGACUCAAAUGGCACAUGACUGUACUAUCAGUAUUGGACAUACUGUAAGCAAGGAAUGACUUAAAAGCAGAUAGUGUAUUAUAUUAAGCAGGGUGGCACACAAGUUCAGCAAGACAGCAGUCUUUGCAGUUCAGAUUUGCCAUGAUGUAAAGUCUGUAGGGUUUAUACCGUGUCCUUGGAAUCAGGUAACCGUUCUCUUUAUCGCUUCCAUGAAUGUUCUGUAUCUGUGCUGAGCACACAACAUGUAUAUACCACUCCUUUAUACAGAGUUUUCAAUUUUAUAUUAAACUUUUCUGUGUGUCUUUACAAUCUAUCCAAAUACUGUUUUUUCUUUCCCCGUGGUGAUUACUUUGUUGAUGGGAAAUAUACUAAUGUAUUCAAAGCAGCUAUUGCAGUGGUUAAGGAAGUGACAUUGCCUUCCUUGGUGUGAUGGAAUCAAAAUCAAGCCUG